AGCUCUUCAAGUAAUUAACCUUCAUCUUCUAAUACAAAAAUCAUUAAUUCCCAUCUCUAUAUAAUUUUACAUUUACAGAGGGGUAUAUAGACAUAUAGAUAUAUAGAUAUAGAGAGAGAGAGAGAGUUAAAAGAGACAUGCUCACUUCUCAUCACCUUCCUACCCAUUUCCUUUCUCUAAUCAAAUUCAAACCCUCAAACCCUUUGAUCAUCAUAAUCAACAAUCUCAUUCUCUUGCUCUUCUUCACAUCAAUCUCUCCUACUGCAAACCGAUCCAAAGGGUAGCUAAUUGCUUUUCUUGAUUUGAUCAUACAGAUUAAAGAUUAAAGCUUUGAUUUUGAUCUGAUCGGAGAAAUGGGUUUGAGUUCUAAGCAAGUUUCUAGUGAUGAUCACGGGCUUGAUUGGAACCAGACUUUGUUGCAAGCAACGACAACCUCGGAGUUCCCAAAGGCAUCUUCAUCUUUAAAGAGACAACACCCACAAAACAAUCAAAGUAAUAAUAAUCAGCAGAAAGUUGCAGAGUCGCCAUUGAAGUGUCCAAGGUGUGAUUCGACUAACACCAAGUUUUGUUACUAUAAUAAUUAUAACAAGUCACAGCCUAGGCAUUUCUGCAAGACUUGUAAACGGCACUGGACUAAAGGCGGCACUUUACGUAAUGUUCCCGUCGGCGGUGGCCGGAAAAACAAGCGUCUGAAAACAUCAAACGACACCGUUUCAACGGCGACAAAUGGAAAAAUCAGUAACAAGCUUGGUUAUAUGGGAAUUCGGAAUCAAGAGCUACCUAAUUUGGGGUUUAAUGAUCAGAAAACCUUGUCCGAUAUGCUUUACAGAAGGAUGAUUCAACCUGCAAAAUCUCCAUUACAGAAUUCAACUAUGUUUGUUGGUAGUAGUUCGAAUUCUUUAACACUUUCUCCUCUUAAUGCUCAUCAUCAUCAUCAUCAUCAUCAUCAUCAUCAAGCUCUUCACUUUCCCUUUUCAAGUUCAAGUUCCAGCUCUUUUGAAACCAACCCAUCUUCAGUUUCCACUUCUCUUCACUCCUCUACUCUCUAUAAUCUCACUACUGGAGAUGAACAGACGAAAGGAAACGACGUCGUUCCAACCAUCACCAGUAUGCUCAUGCCCACCACAACGGUUUUAGCUCAGUCAUGGCAAUCUCAAUCUGCUACAGCAAGCAUGGAGAUCGGGAACUACUGGAACUGGGAUGACAUUGAUACCUUCGUCUCAACUCAUGAUCUCAACAUACCUUGGGAUGAUUCUGAUAUCAAACCAUGAAUAUAUAAUAUAGAUUUUGAAUGAAUGAUCAUUUACUUCCAUUUUCUUUGAAUUUUUUUGGAGUUGCAUGAAAAUAUAUAUACAUAUAUGGUUAAGUUUGAUGGGUGAUUUAGAUCAUGAGUUUCUAAUCUUAAUUAAUUUAUAUGGUAUGCAGUUUUGAUCAGGUUGACAAUAAUAUAGUUUUUAUAUGAUCUAAUGUAUAUAUAGUUUCUCAACCUGUAUUAACUGUUAUAAUAGUGAGACAUGUUAAGAUUUCAAGGUGUACAAUUUAUGUACUCUGAGUUCCUAAUUGAAGAAUAUCUUGUGAAUGUUAUGUAAGGUAGGUAAAAGGAUUUGAUAAUACAAUAUGGAUUUUGAUGGAA